CGCGCCCCCCGCAGGAAGAUGAAAACAUGGAGGAGAAGUCCAACUUUUUAAACCCUUUUUAAAGGAAGUUUCUGCUGUUAUCGCGGCUAUCCAUGAGGAGAACCCCCCUUAAAAUAUCGCCCCCUCUCACCCCCGAGGGGUUUCAACUGCGAUCCUGAGAAUUUUUUUUUUGCUUGACUUUCUCCACCUCCCUCAGCCCAACCAACUCCAUAAGGUCUUCUUAUUGCCAUUUCUUCGCCCCUCUACCUGCCUCUGUUUCCAGGAUGCCCGAGAUCAAACUCCAGCAUGUGGUAUCGUGCAGCAGCGAAGACGUGACUCACAAGGCUGACAAUCUGUUAAAACCAGACACCUACAGGAAAUGGAAGUGUUCAGAUCCUGGUGAGAAACAGGUGUCUGUCAUCCUCCAGUUUGAGAAAGCAGAAUACAUCCACGGCAUUGACAUUGGAAAUGAGGGCUCCGCGUUUGUGGAGAUCUUGGUUGGAAACUCGACGUCAGCCUGUGAGCAGGAUUUUGAGGUCCUCCUGGUCUCCUCGUUCUUCAUGUCUCCGACAGAGAGCCGCAACGGGGCACCCCUCAACAGGGUCCGGAUGUUUGGCUCGGAGAAGCUGGCCAAAGCCACCCUGGGGAAGAAAUGGGACCGGGUCAAAGUGGUCUGCACGCAGCCCUACAACAAGAAUUUAGCAUACGGCCUCUCGUUUAUCAGAUUUUACUCCACUCCACAAGACAUGGAGAAAUCAGCAGGAUCCUCCUCACCGCAGAAAAUCACCAAACUGGGUCAGUUUGUGGUGAAGGAGGAGGAAGGCAGCAAUGAUGACCUCAAGCCAGGCAGCCUGUUCUUCAACCGGGCCAGCAGACCCCAGCUGGGCACGCCUGCAGCCACGUCUACUCUGACCGCGAGCGACCAGCCCACGGCGAGCUACGCGGCGGCAGCAUUGGAGGCGAGCGGUGUCACAUCUCCGAGCUCCUUGUCCACGGCGAAGGAGAAACCUGCGAGGCCCGGACCCAGCGCCCCCUCUGCAAAGCAACCGACUCCAGGGAAAAGGAAGUUUGAUUUUCCGAAGGAGAGGAUGGGGAGCGUUCCUGUCAAAAAGGAGAGCCCCGGGGGAGGGCCAGAAGCUGCGAGCAAGAAAGUGAGCCCGCCACUGUCCGCAACGAAAAGGUUCAAAGCCGAGGCCAGUGUCUCAGCGCCCCCUGUGAACGCUGGGCCCCUCAGCCCCACACUGUUGGGCCCCUCCAGGAAAGCUGCCGGGUCCCUUCCCAAGAAAGGGAAGAAACACGGAGGGGCGUCUGGCGAGCCGGUGGAGUUCCACCGCAUCCUGGAGAGGACCGUCUUCGUUCUGAGCGGCUUCCAGAACCCUUUCCGCUCCGAGUUGCGGGACAAGGCUCUGGAAAUGGGGGCCAAGUACCGGAGCGACUGGUCCCCCGACUGCACCCACCUCAUCUGUGCCUUUGCGAACACUCCCAAGUACACCCAGGUCAAGUCACAAGGUGGGUGUGUGGUCCGAAAGGAUUGGAUCUUGGACUGUCACAAGAAGAAGCAGAGGCUCUCCCACAAGCGGUACCUACUGGACGGGGCCGAGUCGAGCAGUGAGGAGCUGGAGGAGGACGAGGAAUGGGGUGGCGCGCCGACGGCCCAGCCUGCAGACAGGAAGACCACGCCCCCAGAGGGGUCUCGCAAGCUGCCAGCCAAGGAGCACAGAGUCACCCCCAGGCCGGAGCCUCCGAGAACAAGCCAAGGCCACCCUGGGGCCAGCUCGUCAUCGAGCGGCCAGCCCAGACCCCUGACUCCGGAUGAAGACUAUGGAGGAUCCACCGAUGAGGAUUUGCCAGUUCCUGGGAGGAGCUUUGAUGGUGAUUCUGGCUGUGACACUGAGGAUGAACUCAAAAGGGUCCAGGAAUACAAUCAGAAGCAGCUCCAGGCCAAGGAGGAAAUCGAUCCGUACGCUGGCUCCACGGACGAAAACACCGACGUGGAGGAGAGUGGCGCUGGAGACCUUGACCUCCCCAUCCCUGAGCUCCCUGAUCUUUUUCUGGGGAAGCACUUCCUGCUGUACGGGGACUUCCCCAACGAUGAGCAUCGAAUGUUGAGCCGCUAUAUCACCGCCUUCAACGGGGCCCUGGAGGAGUACAUGAACGACUCUGUAAACUACGUGAUCACAGCGGAGGAGUGGGAUGACCGAUUUGACGAGGCUCUGACGGAGAACUCCAACCUGGCCUUUGUGAAGCCUCGAUGGGUGUACGUGUGCAAUGCGAAGCAGAGAAUGGUGCCCCACCAGCCCUACGUGGUGGUCCCUCAGCAAUAGCUGCUCGAAACCCAUCUCCUGUUGGUCCCCUGAGGCCAGAGGGAGGGCAGUGGAGCUGAACACUGAGAGGCAGAGACCCCCGGAUCCUGGCAUCAAAUCUGUCAGGCCAGCUGAGCGUGUGUGAGGAAACAAAGCAUUUUAUCAUGGCGAUGAGGGAGGCCAUUCGGUCCACUGAGUUCAUUCUAGUUCUGUAUCAGAUGAUCCCGUUAGUCCCAUCCUUGCUGGAUUCUUGUAGCAUUGCAAGUUUAUUUCUCUUAUGCGUCUCUUCAAAUUCCUUUUGAAAUCAUUCAUCAUCUGCGCUUCCCCCACAACACCCUUGGGCAGAGACCUCUUCCCUUUUUCCUCAAAACCUGAAGACUCUGUCUCCCCCAGAACAGGUUUUCUUUGCCCACACUUUUUAAAAAUAUUUUUUGGGCGUUUUGUACAUUCCUACCUGGUGUCCUUCACUCCCAUAAGAGUGAACCCUGUCACUGAAAUCUGUCCCCUCUGCAGCAGGUCCGAUGAAUCUCCACCGCAGCCUCUCGCCCCUCACAUUCCUUCUCAAGGAUAAAAGCUUCCAAAAAUCCAGAAUAACUUGCCUCUUGAAGGUGUAUUUUAGAUCAGCCUGUAUCAAGGUGAGAGAUCGAAGAGGAGGUCACGCAGUCAACAGAGCUACUGAUAUUGUUUGAAAUUGUCUAAAUCUUUGCUCAAUUGAUAGCUUUUGUUGUUUGAUUCUAUUUUCUUGUAAAUAAACCAGACGCGUUUGCUUAAAGCCCUGAAGGGGUUUUUUGAAGCUGAGAAAGUCUAA